AUGCCUCUGACAAUACCUCGUGAAUUUAAACCAUUCUUAUGCGAUGGUGACAAUGCUAUUACAGCUACAGACACACGCUCUCUUGCCUAUGAUGGUCAACUCGUUUUCACUUUGCCUAACAUGACUUUCAUUCCCCAACUAUACGACAAUCCCUCCAAUAUCAUGCAAGCAAGGGCGGAUGGGAAGUUUUGGGUGAUGGAUCCUUUCCAGUGGCCUCAAAUUUUUACCAUUCCGCGAUGUGAAUUCCAUGAGCCCGGCACUGACCUGUGGUAUGCUUGGUGGUUGCCAGCUUUUUCUGAUGAUUUUGAGCCAUUAUCUCCUGGUCAUGUCUUUGGCAAGCUGAAGUCCACCCACCGUGAUCACCUAUUUCGACUCUACGAACAGGCUAACAAGCGUGUCGGUUCCUACAAGCUAUUCCAAGAAAACAAGCAAGACACAGUUGUUGGAUGGGUCACUGGGUUGCGCUCUGUUUUUGAGCACUUUAAAGAGACGCGGUGA